CUGGUGGCAAUAAUUGGAAUCGAAUCAUUAGAGAAUUGGAAUAAUUGUUUUUGAUCUAUUGAUUGUUUCAGUCAAGAUUGAAUCAUUUGAGAUGAUAUUUAUUAAAUGAUUAGACUGUAUCUUAAUUCUUAUAUAACAAGAGAAUCUCUUACCCUAGUGUUAGUAUUCGUUUUCCAGACGAUUCAACUUGACUAUUUAAAGAUAUUUUUAUGUAGCCCUAAUUUAUAUAUUUUGUUUAACUUAGCUUUCAGCUGUUGAAAGGGCGUUUCUGGGUGGGAUUAUUUCAUUGCUGUGUUGAUUCCUUCCAUGGCAUUUACUUCAAGCAAGGUCCCAAGUGGCUCAGUUGUGACUAAGAAUGUUGGUCACACUAGGCUACAUAGUAAAAUCUAUCCUAUAAGUCAAGGGUUCGAGCGUCGGACACUGAGAAAUACACCACUUUUGUUGGCAAAGUUGAGUUUCCCGAAUGAACGUUCGGGAAGCAUAUAUGAAAAAACAGGUGGUUCUGCUAUCACACGAGGAUCUUCCAUGAUAUGCUUGUCUUCAAGAACUCGUAAUUCUGAAGCAACGGAAUCUGUUCAAUCUUGCCCUGAUGCAUCCGGUGCACAGAUUGCAGAAGAUGAAGUUAGUCAUUCAGGCAUGCAUGGGAUAAAAAUACACUCAAGUCAAGGCUUGGCUGAAGCUUGUAGAUUUGCGUGCAAUGAUGCAAAGUUUGUAAAUGAAAGGGCCCGUAAUGACAUGGUUCUGCUUUCUCGUGGAAUAAUGAGGUUGGACGCCCGUGCUCGUCAGGAUGUGGCUAUUCUUGGGUCAGGAUUUCUUAAACUCGAUGCUAGGGCAAGAGAAGAUACAGAAAAGAUCGACCGAAGUGUGAAGAAAAAGGCUGAACGUCUUCAUCAUAUUGCCACUAUCUUAAAAGACAAGGCCCAAUCUAGAUUGAAAACUGCAGCUGAUAAACAUUGGAGUGAUGGUGCGUUGGAGUUUACGAAAAAUAUUCAUGACAUGAUGGUGAGCAAGGUGUACAAAUUCCCACUGCGAUGGGAAAGUUCACUAUCAGCUAACGACUUGAUGCUCGAGAAAAAUGGGAAGACUCUGGAUUUCUUUAAUGGUGAAGUGUCUACCAAUCGCAUUAGUGCUAUUCAGGAGGCUUACUGGAGUAUAGCAUCUGCACUUUCUGAAGCUGACGGAAUUGACUACACAGAUCCUGAAGAGCUCGAGUUGUUAAUAACAACUCUUAUAGAUCUGGAUGCAAUGGAUGGUAAAAGCAGUGUAUCACUGCUGGCAGAGUGUUCAAGUUCUCCUGAUGUCAGUACAAGACAAGCGUUGGCUAAUGCACUGGCAGCAGCUCCAUCCAUGUGGACUCUGGGAAACGCCGGCAUGGGCGCAUUACAGAGGCUUGCGGAAGAUAAUAACCCUGCUAUCGCUGCGGCGGCAUCGAAAGCGAUCUACGAACUAAAGAAACAAUGGGAAAUAGAGGAAGGGGAUUGCUGGAGGUUCAUGAUGAAUCUGAAGCCAUCGGAUAGCACAGAUGGAGAAGAUGAUGGAGAUGAAAACUAAGGAGCAAUAUGAAAAUGGAAUUUAUACUGUAGAUAUGUACACAUAGGUUUUAACUAGUUGCCGGCAAGUGAUGAAUUCAUCUAAUGUUAGAUGUUGGAUUUCAUUACUUCCUGGAAAAUCUGUCGACUUUGCUUGAAUUAUCCAAUUUCUUUUUUACCCAAAAGCUCUCAAAUAAAUCACGUUAGAAUUU